UGAAGCGUUGCGUUCAACCAGUGUCGGUUUUAGAGAGUCUCUCUCCGCCGCGGAGACAAGAAGCUGAAAAUAAAGAGAGAUAACGAAAAUAAUAUAAAAGAAAUACACUUUUUCAUCGUUUCAUCGCUGGACACGUAUUUCGCGCUGGGGUUGGAUUUACGUGGAAGCGCUGUUUUUUAGUUUUUUCUUUUUAUAAUUUGCUUUAGAAAAGGCGCCGGUGAAAACAAUGGGGUCCCAGGCAUCCAAAGGAGAGGUGGCCGUGGAGGCGAACGCCGCUGCCGCCGACGCCGCUGCUGUCAAAACCAACGGACAGGAGAACGGCCAUGUGAAGACUAAUGGCGAUGUCUCUGCAAAGCCCGAUGGGGAUGCCACUGCUACCAAUGGCUCAGCUGAAGCAGCCAAAGAGCCUGAAGCCAACGCAGAAGACGACGCCAUUGAGCUGGCGCCCGCCGCAGAUGGAGAGGCGACCAAACCUGAAGACGGGGCUGCAGCAAAGGAGACCCCCAAGAAGAAGAAGAAGAAGAAGUUCUCCCUGAAGAAGACGUUUAACUUCAAGAUGAACCUGAAGAAGAGCAAGAAGAGCGAAGCUGUGAAAGAGGAAACGGCUGCUGCUCCCACUGAGGAGAAGCCUGCGGAGAACGGCGCCGCAGCUGCUGCGGAGGAGGAGAAGAAAGAGGAGGCGAAGGAGGAGGCUGCCGCUGCAGCCGAGGCUCCGAAGGCAGAGGAGGGGCCGGCUAAGGAGGAGGCCAAGGAGGCAGCUGCUCCGGCCCCCGAGGCCACGAAACCGACAGAGGAGAGCAGCUCGACCCCCGCUGCCUCCGAAAAGAAAGAGUGAUUGUACCUUUAGCUCACAAUGAACUGGUUGAACUGUUUUUCCAAGAGAGAAGAGAGAGAAUUUUAGAGAAUAUAUAUAUAUUUAUAUAUAUGUGUAUAUGUAUACAUAUGUAUGGAUAUAUGUAUAUGUAAAUAUAUACACAUGUAUGUGAGAGACUCCUUCGACGUGCCACUUUUCGUCAUGAAAACAAGACGACAGAUCUGAUUCACUCGAUCACUUCCCUGGUUCCUGCUCGACAUCUGGACCCUGACUGAGUUUUGGGCUGUAAGGCCGGUUGCUACACAGAAGAUGGAUUUUUACUGGCGAGAGUGCGAUCUAACGACGCCGCAAAGUACAGACGGAGGCAGGCGGAGUCUAAUCUUUUCCCUACAAAUCAACAGCUUGAGACGCCUCCAUCCCGAAGGAACAAAGAUAGAUGCGAUUGCUAUGACAACACCACCACUUGAAAUGACUGUUAAGUCGAGAAGGAAGAAGAAAAAGGAAAAAAAACAAACAUGAAAUCAGAAAUUAAGAGACUUGCCAACUUUUUACAUUCCUAUAUUUUAACCCAAAUUUGAAGUAUUUUGUGGUGUAUUAUAGAGAACCAUCUUAAAGAUUCAGAGAAGCUAUGUCUUGUUUGUUAAAAGAUAAAAAAAAAUAGACAAUUUUGAUUUAUACCUUACUAUGAAGAAGAAGGAAAAAAGAACACUUAAGCUUGCUAUGUUCACUGUCACGGUUUGAUAUGAAGCAGAGUUGUUUAUCUGUUGUGUGUGAGCCUGAAUCUGCUUUGUCUCUGUAAAUACAUUGGAUUGAUUUCUGUUCUUUAUUUUGCUAAUGUUGACAGAUGUUACUGGUUUUAUUGUAAAGUUGAAAAUGGUAAAUAAAUGUUGGUUACCUGCCUGUU